CUCCUUUCAUCUUCGCUGUGGCAGACGUUUCUAUUUAUCCACUUGCGUUCGCCGAGUGGCGUCACCAGCGGUACUGUAAUGACGAUUGCAGCAGGAGGAUGACAGCUUAGAAAGAAGAGGGCAAUGGGGCUUCCUCCCAGAGGCGGUGCGGCACAGAGGAGCUCUCGCAUCACAAGGUGACCCUAGCUCCCCACUGCCAUCUCCGCGGUCGCCGUCGACACCGCGCUGGGGCUACCCGGCGCCUGCCUUGUCGCCGUAGCUACUCUUCUCAGCUAAGAUCCCAGGGAGCCUGGGGUUAGGAGCUUACUUGGGGGUUCCCCCCUCCCCCCGCUCUGGAGAGUCCGGGGAUGGAGAGCAGAAAGGACAUGGUUAUGUUUCUGGAUGGGGGUCAGCUUGGCACUCUGGUUGGUAAGAGGGUCUCUAAUUUGUCCGAAGCCGUGAGCAGCCCGCUGCCUGAACCGCCAGAGAAGAUGGUGCCCCACGGUUGCCUGAGCCCGCGAGCCGGCCCUCCGACUUCCCGGGAGCGUGGCGGGGGAGGCCAGGAGGAGGAGCCGGUCGAUGGACUAGCAGGCAGUGCUGCAGGGCUGGGCGCCGAGCCACGGUCUGCUGGAGCGGCCAUGCUUGGCCCGGGACCCCCAGUCCCCUCCGCGGACAGCCUCUCUGGCCAAGGGCAACCUAGUAGCUCAGACACCGAAUCGGAUUUCUAUGAAGAAAUCGAGGUGAGCUGUACCCCGGACUGCGCCACAGGGACCGCCGAGUACCAGCACAGCAAAGCGCCAGGCUCCGAUGCGCUAGGCAGCAGUCCUAACAGUGGCAGCGAGGCCCCCAAGAGUAACGGUGGCAGCGGCAGCAGCGGCUCACAAGGCACCCUGGCCUGCAGCGCCAGUGACCAGAUGCGCCGAUACCGCACCGCUUUUACCCGGGAGCAGAUUGCAAGGCUGGAGAAAGAGUUCUACAGGGAGAACUACGUUUCAAGACCGCGGAGAUGCGAGUUGGCAGCAGCCCUAAACCUUCCUGAAACUACCAUCAAGGUGUGGUUUCAGAACCGACGCAUGAAGGACAAGCGACAGCGGCUGGCCAUGACGUGGCCGCACCCGGCCGACCCCGCCUUCUACACCUACAUGAUGAGCCACGCGGCGGCCGCGGGCGGCCUGCCCUACCCCUUCCCGUCGCACCUGCCCCUGCCCUACUACUCGCCCGUGGGCCUGGGCGCCGCGUCCGCCGCCUCCGCCGCCGCCUCGCCCUUCAGCGGCCCCCUGCGCCCGCUCGACACCUUCCGCGUGCUCUCGCAGCCCUACCCGCGGCCCGAACUGCUGUGCGCCUUCCGCCACCCUCCGCUCUACCCCGGCCCUGCGCACGGACUCGGCGCCUCGGCCGGCGGCCCCUGCUCCUGCCUCGCCUGUCACAGCGGCCCGGCCAAUGGGCUGGCGCCGAGGGCCGCGGCCGCUUCAGACUUCACUUGUGCCUCCUCCACCUCCCGCUCGGACUCCUUCCUCACGUUCGCCCCCUCUGUGCUCAGCAAGGCCUCCUCUGUGGCGUUGGACCAGAGAGAGGAGGUGCCCCUCACCAGAUAAGGGGGAGCCCUCGGGGCUGCCGGCUGCAGGACGUCGUGGGGGUGGGGGUGGGGGGAGCCUCCGGGACUCCUCCAGCGUCCCACCUGUCACCUCUCUUCUCAGAUGCAGAGGGGAAAGGAGGUGGGAGGGGGACACCAUCAAGGACUCGGGCCUAGAGGAUCCAGGAGCCCCAGAAAGCCCCAGAAGCGGCCGUGGUUGUUGCUGCUUGGGAGCCGGAAUGGGGUAGGAAAGCUGAGGUUGAGAGAGCUUCCUCUGGGGUGGCCAGGCUUUGCCAUUCUCCACGGCCCUGUCAGAAGUCAAGGCCUUGGUUCAACAGCUAACUGGCAACAGCCCACUUCCACACCCCUUGUACCCUUCACCUGGGCCCCCCACUCUCCUGUCAAGGGCACGCAUUGCGAAGGGAAAUCGCUGUUUCUUGGAACAAAAUGCUGUGUGUGCAGAGCAGGUAGAGAUUAAUCUCCACCAGCUUUUCCACAGCAUGGCAGGGGGCUUGUUGAUGGCAACAUACCAGCCAUUUGGGGAGAGAGAGAUGAUUUACAGCCAGGGAGACGCUUGCCACUUGGCGAGGAACCUGGGGGCUGUCUCACCUUCCCAGGCCUCAAUCACACAGCAUCUUUUGGUUCUAGUUUCUACCAGCCCCUGACUUCUUUCCAUAGUCCCGGCUUUGUGACAUCUCACAACUUGCAGCUCCAGCUUUCUCCCUUUCGGUUUGACAUUGGCAGGGAAGCUUCAGGGGCUCCAGGGUCCCUAGGCAGCUUCUGUGAGGCAAACCUCUUCUCCCUUAGCCCAGCACACAGCCUGAUUAGCAAGUGAUGUGUGAGGAGGGUUUUUGAAUGUUGAAUGUAUGUAUAAUAACGAUCACCACUCUGCUGGGCCACCAAGCCCAGAGCUGAGCCGGUUAUAACAAGGCGCCCUGGGAAGAGCUUAGGGAAGGAGACUUCUUACAUUCUUCUCUCAUUGUCUCCCCAAAUUGCCACAGGGCCUUGGCUUUCAGCUGCCAGUACAACCCUUCAGCACCUCUGGAGGACCCUGACUCCACCCUUCACUGGGGUUUAUUGGGGAGCCACUUAUAAACUCCUGUACUCAUCCUUAUAGCCAGUGUUUGAGGAAAAAAAGACAAGUUCAAUCAUCCACUGGGAGGGAGUGGUCCUUCCUGUAAGGGAUGAAUUUGGUUUGGUCUGGGGUUUUCCUUUGCAGCCCAAAGAAUUUGCUGUUAUGAUUUGUUAACCAUAUUGCAAUAAAAGCUGAACAUGAUUCUUACUUUAGCA